AUGAAGUACGUUGUCGUAUCUGGAGGAGUCAUUUCUGGUAUCGGAAAGGGUGUAUUAGCAUCUUCAACUGGAUUAUUGUUCAAAACUUUAGGUAUUAGAGUGACUUCUAUCAAAAUUGAUCCUUACAUGAAUAUUGAUGCUGGUACUAUGUCUCCACUUGAGCAUGGAGAGUGCUUUGUAUUGAAUGAUGGUGGUGAAGUGGAUUUGGAUUUAGGCAACUAUGAAAGAUAUUUAAACAUCACCUUGACAAGGAAUCAUAAUAUAACCACUGGUAAGAUUUACUCUAAAGUGAUCGAAAAGGAAAGAAAUGGUGAUUACCUAGGUAAGACUGUACAGGUAGUUCCUCAUAUUACAGGCGAAAUCCAAGAUUGGAUAGAAAGAGUAGCAAAAAUACCAGUCGAUGAUACUGGUUUAGAACCUGAGGUUUGCAUCAUUGAGCUAGGAGGCACGGUUGGUGAUAUCGAAAGUGCACCCUUUGUAGAGGCUUUGAGACAAUUCCAGUUCAGAGUUGGAGUACAAAAUUUUGCUUUAAUUCACGUCUCUUUAGUUCCCGUAAUUCAUGGUGAACAGAAAACGAAGCCAACACAAGCAGCUGUUAAGGAUUUGAGGUCUUUAGGCUUAACUCCAGAUAUGGUGGCUUGUAGGUGCCAGGAGGAAUUAGAGGUUACAACAAUUGAAAAAAUAGGGAUGUUCUGUCACGUUGGUCCAGAUCAAGUUAUCGCAGUACACGAUGUUAAUUCUACAUACCACGUACCUUUAUUAUUGAAAGAGCAGAAGAUGAUGAAGUAUUUAGCGAAGAAGUUGAAUUUACAGCCUGUCUCGAGUGAUGCAUUGAUGAAAGGUGAAAAUUUGCUUUCUAAAUGGAGGAAUCUAGCAAUUAGUCAUGAUAAAUCUUUCGAGACCGUUACAAUAGCGCUAGUUGGAAAGUAUACAAAUUUGAAAGAUUCAUACUUGUCUGUCAUUAAGUCAUUAGAACACUCUGCGAUGAGAUGCAAUAGAAUCUUAAAAAUUGAAUGGGUUGAAUCUAGCCACCUUGAAGAAAGCGAAAAAACUUCCAACUUAUCAAAAUACCAUAAAGCUUGGCACUUUGUCUGUCAAGCGGAUGGUAUAUUAGUUCCUGGUGGAUUUGGGAGUCGUGGUAUUGAAGGUAUGAUAGCAGCUACUAAUUAUGCUAGAGAGCAUGAUGUUCCAUUUUUAGGAAUAUGUUUAGGUCUUCAAGUCGCUGUCAUUGAAUUUGUUAGAAAUGUUUUGGGCUACCAAAAUUCUACAUCCAUGGAGUUUGAACCCAAAUCCGAUGAGACCACUGCAUCCGUUGUUUAUAUGCCAGACGUUGACCAAGUCAAGCUCGGUGGUACUAUGAGGUUAGGUAUCCAUAAGACCAAGUUCAUAGCUGACUCAGAUUGGUCAGUUUUAAAAAAAUUGUAUAAUAACGAGGACUACGUAUUAGAAAGACACAGACAUAGAUAUGAGGUGAACCCCAGAUUGAUCGAUCAGAUAGAGAAAAAAGGUUUGAUUUUUAUCGGCAAGGAUGAAACCGAAAAGAGAAUGGAAAUUUUUGAACUCAAGGGCCACAAGUUCUUUUGUGGAACCCAAUAUCACCCCGAAUACCUAUCUAAAGUCUUGUACCCAUCGAAACCAUUCCUUGGAUUAAUUGCUGCUUCAGCUGGCAUCAUGGAUAGUGUGCUUGAAAGAGAUGACUUAAAGAUCAGAGGUGAAUUUUAG